AUGGCCGACAGCCGAGAACUGUGUCCGUUUCUGAGUCUUCCACUCGAGAUUCGGAACCCCAUUUACUCCUAUCUGCUUUCCACCAAGUACACAAGAGAAGACAUGAUAGAAAAGAUCACGAUUUCUGAUAGCAAAUACAAAGGAUCCCACUACCGUCCAGCUCACAAGUACCACUUUCAGCCAGCCAUACUCCGCUGCAACCACCAGGUCAACCAGGAAGCUACGGCCGUCUUUCACAAUACGAAUCUUUUCGUCUCGGUCUCCCAUAAUUACAGCAGCGGGGAGAUCUCAGCCUUCGGAGAAAAGUUCGAUCUCCUCGAGAGCCAGUGUGAUGGACGUGGCUUCCCUGUCCUUGCGCGUGGUAAAAAAGCGCGGCUCUUCGACGGCUACGCUAUGGAGAUUUAUCUCGGUAGAGCUAAUAGGAGAGACGCUCGGGGAAGGUGGUGGAACAGCCCGAAGCCACAGAAAUGGGAAAUCCGACCAAAAUUCAUGAUCGCGUCUGACGAUUUGCUGCAAUUUUGCAAAAUAUUCCUACUCCUCAGUAUGAGGGCAGCAAAAACAGAUGCAGAGUCCGACUCGAUGUUACAUCUCAAGAAAGCAAUGCUUCUGGUAGAUGUCCUGCAUAAGACUGAUCAGCACAACCGCGCAAAUGAGGGUCCAAGACCAGCUAUACGAAGACUUCUAGAGCCUCUCGCUUACUUUCACAACAUAGGACUCGUCAUAAUCGAAGGCCCCGUGCCAACGCUAUAUUCUGAGGCCAUCAGGCAGAGAAUUCAAAGGCGAGCACCGAGCGCGCAAGACCUGGUUCAUGCAGUGUCCUCACUGGUAGAACAAGGUGACGCAGCUUUCCUCAAGAGAGACUUCCAUUCAGCUGUUUUUGUGUACAAGAGCGCUCUUGAAAAGCUCCAUGCCGGCAGCCAGAAGCGCCCAAAACUUGAGACGAUGGUCGAAGGUACAUAUACAGGAAUGGUCAUCGGCGGGGUCAAAAAUUUGCUCCAACACAAAGUCUACUUGGGCCUUUCCAAAGCGAGCUUACAGCUCAAAAGAUUUGAAAUGGCGCAUCAUUGGACUCUUGCCGUCGCCCGCGGUCUCAGAGAUACACGUGAAAUACUCUCACAGAUGUGGUUCUGCCGAGCUUUGGCGAGCAAGGGGCUGGGAGAGCUGGAACAAGCCCUUAAAGAGAUGGAGAUGGCGAGGCUGAUACAACCCAAUGAUCUGGGAAUCCUGGCUGAGAUAGCUAUCUUGUCUAGCCUUCUGGGACCGGGGAAGCAGCAAGCAGAGGCCGUUUGA